AGUGUGCGGUUGUGACCUGGCCCAGGGUGGUUUCUUCAUGAAGAAUGGAGAGUAUUUAUGCACGUUGGACUACCAGAGGCUUCAUGGCACUCGCUGUAACGGCUGUGGAGACUUUGUUGAAGGAGAGGUGGUCACCGCUCUUGGGAAGACCUACCACCCUACAUGUUUCGUCUGUACUGUUUGCAAACGGCCGUUUCCCGCUGGUGAUAGAGUCACGUUUAAUGGAAAAGACUGUCUCUGCCAGCGCUGCGUCCAGCCAACUUCGCCAACUUCCAAAGACAUCAGCGCCUCUAGUAACUGUGCUGGAUGUGGCAGGGAUAUAAAGAACGGUCAGGCUCUUCUGGCCUUGGACAGUCAGUGGCACCUCGGCUGCUUCAAGUGCAAAGCCUGUGGCAAAGUGCUGAGCGGAGAGUACAUCAGCAAGGAUGGUUCUCCGUACUGCGAAAAAGACUACCAGAUCCAUUUCGGCGUGCAGUGUGAGGCCUGUCACCAGUUUAUUACAGGGAAAGUGCUGGAGGCAGGAGACAAGCACUAUCAUCCAAGCUGUGCAAGAUGCAGCAGGUGCAAUCAGAUGUUCACGGAGGGAGAGGAGAUGUACCUACAGGGUUCAACAGUAUGGCAUCCAGACUGUAAGAACAACAGUAGAGUGGAAGAGAAGUACAGACCCACGAGGUCUUCGUCUGAGAGCAUCUGUUCGAGACCUGGUUCCAGCAUCCCUGGAUCUCCAGGUCACACCAUCUAUGCAAAAGUAGACAAUGAGAUUAUUGAUUACAAGGACCUAGCAGCCAUUCCCAGAGUCAAGGCCAUUUAUGACAUAGAGCGUCCAGACAUGAUAUCCUAUGAGUCUCUCCAUUCCACCUCCUCCACCCUGGAAAGACAAGGAAGGCACAGCCCUGGAGAGGUAAAAUGAGUUUAGUGUCUUUCUAAUAAACAAUCAAUGUGCUAUUAAGACCUAACAUGAUAGAUAUAGACUCUAUAUGUUUAUAAAUAUUUAUUGCUUUAAUUUUUGAACUUCAGAUUAAUUUUAUUUUAUUUUUUUAAAUAAUAAACUUGAGCCAUUUUACCUCAAAUCAGACAUCCUUAAUAAAUUAGACAUCCAUGUCUUUCAGUUUGGAGAUGCAGACUGUCUAGUCUAGUGGUUCUGAACCUUUUUAACACUUUCAAAUGUAUCUUUGAUACAAAAUAAGGCUGUGUUUACACUGGUUAGAUAAAAAAAGUAUGCAUUUGCAAAUACUCUAAUACUGCAUUUCAAUUAAAUAAGCCUGAAAUCUGGCAUCCAACCUAGGUGUGCACUAAACAGGUGGCCUGAAA